GUGAUUUCGUAUUUUCACAGAUCCGAAACUCGUGAUCAUGUUUCAGACCAGCACUUACAGACGUUUGAGCGCAAUAAAGUUAUGCGUCAUAUUGUAAUUAAUCGAUGAAUAUUAAUUAGUUGUAAAAGUAUUUUCAUGCCGUGAGAUAUAAUAAAAUGGUCCAAGAAAAGCCAUGUCGAACUUGCACAGAUUUCAAGACAUGGGCGGCGAUACAGAAAAAAACUUACGACUCGGAAAAGAAUGAAGGAGAAAAACAAGAUGAUAAGGUAGAAGUUCAACCGACUUCAUUGGGAAAUGUAAGAACGGACUGUCCAUUGGACAAGGAUGAAUUGGGAUCGAAAACCUGGGCAUUUUUGCACACAAUGGCAGCUUAUUAUCCGGAGAAGCCAAGUAUUCAACAAAGAACGGAUAUGAAAACUUUUUUUCAGGUGUUUUCCAAGUUUUAUCCGUGCAACACCUGUGCCAAAGACUUGCAAGAACAAUUGAAAAAAACUCCACCAUUGACGGAUUCUCAAGAUCAAUUGAGUCAGUGGUUAUGCAGGAUGCACAACGAAGUUAAUAAAAAAUUAGGUAAACGCUCGUUUGAUUGUUCUUUGGUUAAUCAAAGAUGGAAAGAUGGAUGGUUGGAUGGUUCUUGCGAUUGAGGAUUUGAUCACUAACGCGAAAGAGCAAUGGAAAAUCAGGCGUGAGUCUAUCAGUUAUAAUAAAAACGAAAUAGGGAGAAGAAUGGUAUUUAAUUAAAAGGCUGUCGAUCGCGUGAUUUUUAUGUAAAAUAAUGUAAUAGGAAUUUUGUAAUAGUAAUUUAUAUAUCUAUGAAAACUGUACAAGACACAUGAAAAAUAUUUUAAAUACAUAAUGUAUAUAUUAUA